UGAAUACGCCGAUAGUGAACUAUAUAAGACAGGCGAAUGGCUGCUAAAGGCGCAUCCUACUGUUUUGGGUUUAGAACCGAUCGCUCCCCAUUCACUCUCUAACCAAAGAAGUAAGUCUUCACUGGGAGAAAGAGGAAGAAAAGUCUCUUAGCAACUUAGAAAUACCAGAGCUGAGCAAAAUUAGACUCUACUUCAAGGAGCCAGAGAGAUGCGAGGGGCAAAGAGAUGUCACGCUCUGCCUGCCAUCUUCUUCCUGCUGCUCACUUCAGCCCCUGCGCCGCCGGGGGUCGAGGGCAGCAGCAGGGACCUGGAGGCGCCAGGAGGGGACAGGAGGACUCUGCUCGAUCUUCUCUUGCAAGCUAUCGGGGACAGCGAGAGCCACCAGCCUCACCACCCCCCGAGGGGGGACAGGGUGAUCUCCAGGCGCUACAGCGGCAGCGCCCUUUACUCCGCAGCUGUGGACCAAGACCUCCGGGUGACUUCCUCCGCCUCCAGGGAGCGAGCAGCGGGGCAGGUGCCCCGGCUCUUCACCAGCUCCAGGCACGUAGAACUAUUUCCAAGAGAUUCCAGUUUAAAAGACAAGUUCAUAAAACACUUUACAGGGCCAGUCUCAUUCUCAGCUGAGUGUAGCAAGCAUUUCCAUCGACUCUAUCACAACACAAGGGACUGUUCGACACCAGCAUAUUACAAAAGGUGUGCAAGAUUACUAACAAGAUUGGCAAUGAGCCCUUUGUGUACACAACCCUAGAAAAUUUGCUGUUCCUUUCUACUACAAGAGAACUCUGAUUUGCCGAGAAAGUGCCUUGAAAUCUUCCCCAAGAUAAUAGAAAAGACAUCUUGUGUCUUUUUGAUUUACAAGCAUUGUUUUGUUACUAGAUGCAUUUUAUUUUCAUAUGUUGGACAUUCCAUAUUUGUGUGAAGAAAACAUUAUUUUAUUUUAAUUUGUAAAUUUGUUGCCUAUAGCUUAA